AUGGAUAGUCUUCCUGGAGAAAUCAUGGUGAACAUACUAUCGAGACUUCCCAUCAAACCCUUACUCCGAUGCAAGUCCGUAUGCAAAUCCUUCCUCAAUAUAACCCUCGACCCAUACCUGAUCGAAGCCCAUCUCGACCGCGCCUCCUCUCAUGACCAAAACCCCAGUCUCAUCCUCAACACCACCGUCCUCAACGGCACCACCCACUUCCGGUCCCAGUUGUACUACACCACCCUAACCCCAACCCAAUCCAACUCCCCUUGCGACGAGGUCCCUUUCUCGCCCCUCAAUUUCGGCGAGUUUCGCGUCGAGGGUUCGUGCCGUGGCUUGCUCUUUUUGCGCCACCGCACGAUCGAUGACUUUAUGUUUGUUAUCAACCCGUGUACCGGGAAGCGAUUCGAGAUCCCCAAGUUAAUCAUUGCGUCGUGUGGUGUGGAGAGGGGGAUUGCGUUUGGGUUUAGCCCCAAAGGCAAUGAAUAUAAAGUGGUAAAGGUUAUUGAUGGGUCGGCAUCGUAUGUGUUUAGUUUGAGUGAAGGGGUUUGGAGAGAAGCAGUAGGAGGAGCUCCCAGUUUCAAGAUUUCGGAAAAUUUCGAAUCGGAUGAGUGUGUAUGCGUGAAUGGAGUUAUUCAUUGGUCAUGUUAUUCUCCGUUGAAUUUUAUCGUCUGUUUCGAUGUUGGAAAUGAAGUGUUCGGCAUGAUUCCCUACCCUGCUGGUAAGCUCCAAUUAGGUGAGGUUACUUUGGUCUUGUUUAGCGGGUGUAUUGGUUUUAUUGAGUAUGACCUGAAUUCAGAGGACGAUCGUGUUAAUAUUUGGGUUAUGGAAGAUUAUAAUGUGAGAGAGUCUUGGACAAGGAGUGUCAUCAUAAAUGUGAAUCACAUCGGGUGGGAUUGGGGACGGUUUGAGAUUCUCUGUGUUCGGAAGAAUGGCGAAGUUUUAAUGCUUCAUAGAAAUCAAGCUCUUUUGGUUUAUGAUCCCAAAACCAUGAGUUGUAGGAAGCCCAACAUUGUUGGGCUUCCUUCUUGGUUUGAAGCAGUUUGUCAUGUGGGUAGCCUUGUUUCACCUCUAGGCUAUUGA